CAGGCAACAGGCAAACAAAAACAAAAAUGUUGAAGCAAACAUUUUAAAGUUUAUCAAAAAUAAAGUUCUGUCAGCUAUAAGAAAAUGGAUAGUUCACAGGUGGAUGAAGGAGACUUCGAUCUUUUGGGCGAGGAGGAGGGACUGCUGGACGAGCAGGAUGUAUCCUUCCGGCAGGACAUCAUCACCUUGGAGCACUCCUUCGGAUACAACUGCAAGCGGCUAUUCAACCUUGUGCUGGUCGACCCGGACACCCUGAUAUUUGCGUCCGGAAAUUAUCUACACACCUUCAGCAUCUCACGCAAGGAGGUAACCUUCCAGGAGACUGUCUCAGGGUGCGGCAUUGGCUUCAUAACUAAAAAUGAGCAUCCCGACUACCAGAAUCUCUACACAGUGGGCGAGAAUGGACCCAAGCCCACGAUAUACAUAUACGAGCAUCCCUCGCAGAAUGUGCGCGUCAAGCUGUUGAAUGCGGCCAAGGCCUGCUUCACGGCAGGAUCUUACAAUUCCACGGGCGAUCUGUUCGCUUCUCAGGCGGGAUAUCCGGACUUCAUCAUCACCAUCUGGCGCUGGGAAAAGGCUGAAGUAAUACUGCGGGCCAAGUCCUUUCAGAGCGACAUCCUGUUCGUGCACUUUUCCGUGUACAAUCCCAUCCUGCUCUGCUCCUCCGGUCUGAGCCACAUCAAGUUCUGGAAGAUGGCCAACACAUUCACGGGCCUGAAGCUUAAGGGCGACCUGGGCCGUUUCGGAAAGACGGACUUCAGUGACAUAUACGCCAUGUAUAUGCUGCCAGACGAGAACGUGAUCUCCGGCUGCGACUGGGGCAACAUGCUGCUGUGGCAGGCGGGUCUGAUCAAGUUUGAGGUGUGCCGCAAGGGUCGCAAGCCUUGCCACACCAGGCCGAUCACCCGAAUAACGAUGAAGAACGGCGAGGUGACCACGGUGGGUAUGGAUGGGUACGUGCGUGUCUGGUACUGGGAAACAGUUGACUUGGCCGAUCCUCCGGAAGAUGAUCUCUUUGUGGAAAUCGAUCCCAUCUACGAGUUUAAGAUCGCCGAAGUGGAGCUGCGCGGCAUGCAGAAGAUCCUGCCCUUCGACGAGAUGGACUUCACUCACUACGCCCAGGAUGGCAAGGGUGGCAUAUGGUUUUGCGACAUCAACACCUACGACGUGCCCCAGAAGCCCCGCCAGCUGUACUCCUGCAUUGGCGGUCGGGUCCUGGCCGCCCAGAUGUCCCCCGUCUCGCCUCAUUUCCUCGCCCUCUCAGAGUGCGGCAAGAUCUUCGUGUACGACUACGAGAAGCGCCGUCUCCUGCUGGAAAAGCAGUUCGCUGCCGGAGGCGUAGACUUCCUCUGGUUUGACACCCAAAUCUCUGCGCAUGGCACAGAGCUGGUGGCAGGAUUCGGGGACGGCAUCCUUCGCCAGCUCUUUCUCGACCUGAGCAAACCCAACCAGCCAACUCUGAACCGGGUGCGCGCACUUAAGGCCCACACCUCGCCCAUCACUCGGCUGACAAUCAAUCGGAGCAGCUCUCUUCUUCUGAGCGGGGCCGCCGACAAGAGCAUCUUCAUCUACCAGCUGGGCCGGGAUGAGUGGAAUUUGGUGAGCCUUAUGCCGCUGGGAUUCGUGGAGCUCGCGGCGGUUCCCAAUUGCUUCUACUGGCACAAGGUGGAGCCGAACGUGGUGCUCAUUGGCUGCAAGACGGGCGAGGUGUUCGAGUAUGACAUACGCACAGCGGUCACAGAAGAAGAGACCUAUCUGAGCUACAAUAUCACGGAGCCGUCGCGUCUGCGCAGCACCCGCUUCGUGUCUGUAAAGAGCCGCAUCCGACGGGAUAUCCGCCGGGAGAAGAUUAAGAAGCGGAAGGAGCGCAAGCGGGAGAGAAAAAUGUCGGAAAUCGAGAAGCUGAAGAAGGCCAAUCCGGGGCUGCAGAUCGAUAUGGAAUCGGCGUUAGCCGACUCAGAGCCGGACGAGGAGGAGGAGCCGCUUCACAUACCCAGUGUUCCCAACACCAUCAUAUGGCUGCGCUACACGGUUCGCGACACCAUCUGGGUGUCCAUGGCGGGCUACGAUGCGGGCUACAUAUACGAGCUCGAGUUCGAGGGCGCCGAACCCACCUACAGCACCAUGAUAGAGGAUGCGGAUGACCUGGAGAUCCAUUCGUACUGCAUUAUCGAUGAGUACCUUAUCUUUGGGCUGAUCAACGGACGACUGCGCAUCAAUCGGAUGAAUCCUGAAAAUUUUACCGACCUCACCGAGUACCGCAUGUAUCCCAUGCACGAUGCUCUGAAGGGCAUCAUUCCCAGCAUCCAGACAAGCUACAACGGCGAGCACAUGCUGACCAUUGGCCACGACGGCAAUAUCUUUCUCUACAAGUGGAACGGGGAAAAUCGGAUUGUGAAAAACGAACUGUUGGCGGAUCUGCCUCCACUGCCAGCGGAAGUGGAGGAGCCCGAGGACAUCAUCGAUCCAGAGACACCAUCUCUAGAGCAGGAGAAAAUCAAUGCCGAGCUUAAGCGCCAACAGGAGGCGGCUGAGGCGCAUGACCGCGCUGUUCUGGCCAAGAUUGGAUCCUUGCAGAGUGAAUACUUUGAAAUUAUCAGACGCAACGAGGAUGUCCCACGCGGACUGCGGGCCAAGGACACUGAUUUGCUCCUAGACGAUCGCAUUACGCAGCAGAUACGGGGGGAGCUUCAGGCAGAGCUUGACGAUGUGCGCGAGGAUCUUGCCUACGACUUGGAGUUCGCUCAGGUGGGGCACUCAAAGUUGUACACUCACUUCCUAAAGGAGCUCGACCAUGUCCCCUUCACAGUCUCCUCCUUGCGCUCACGUAUUUCGGGAAUUUCCACCUUUCGCCUGCAAGCCCUCGGCGAGGAGUUUGAGCAGAUCAAGCGGGACAUCGAAGAGCGGCUAAAGCAGGAGCAUGAUCUGGAUCUUCAAGAUCUGGUCGCGGCUGAAGAGAAGGACGAUUCAAUCGGGGAGCCACCGCCGGAGAGCUUCUUCUUUGGACGCGAUCCCCGUAGCAUAACGCCGCGCUUUAGCAAGAAAAUGAUGCGCCUUCUGCUGCGCUAUCGCAAGCGGCAGCUAUACGAAAUUCGGCGCAUCUUCGACUGGGACAAGUUGGAGCGGCAGAAACCCGACCCGAACCGGAACCAUCCUGAUGACGAUGCCCAGAUCGAGGAGGCGAUGCGCAACCUGGGUGACUACAAGCUUAAGAUCGGGGCAGACUACGAGCCCAAGUCGACCGAGACGCUGACCUACAAGUACAUAGAAAUAGUAGAGUGUCGGGAGCGGCACUUUGAGCUGGUGGACAGGUUCAACCAGCUGGUGAUGGCGAUGAGGGACCGCAAGAAGGAGCUGAUGGAGUCCAUCCGCAAGAAGAGGGAGCGCCUCGAUGUCAUCCAUCAGUAUAUGCCGGCGAAGGAUCGCCUUCAACUGGAACCCAUCCACGAAGUGGACAUGGACUCGGAGUAUCCGGAGUUGAAUCUAAUCGAGCACUUCCAGCCGGGCUGCGGGGUGAACAUAGACGAUAUCCUGCACUUGGAGCGCAACGUGGAGGAGGUGAUGGCCUCCCUGAAACCGGAGACAUCGCUCUUGUCCUCUAGCUUUCACAUGGGGGCCGACAUGAAUAGCACAGAGCUGAAAGAAUCAAUUAUAUACGAAGCGCUGCAGAUAUCCAUGGUGGGGCAUACCUUGUCGAAUAGCGAGCUAAGCGAGGAGUUGCAGCAGCUACCCCCGCCCAGCGAUGCCGCCUACUUUGAGAGGAACGAGGAGGGCAAUUCUCCGAUGAUGCUGGAACUGCGCAACCGCUGGCUGAGGGAGCUCCUGUUCGAGCAGUCUUUUAUCCGGGCGGAGAUCGAGGAGGAGGUCCGAUUGUUCGACAAGGAACUCGAGAAGUUGCACGUCAAGCGCUUCCACGUCAAGAUGGACGCCGAGUUCAUGGCCUCCUUCUUGAUCAGCCUUAACCAGGAGCUCUACAUCCUGCGCGACAGCGAGGAGAUCGAGAACCAGCUGCUACAGAACGCCAAAUCAGCCAUGAACACCCGCAAUGAGCUCCAGCUGGUGAUUAAUGCCACCAACCGGCAGCUGGACGAGCUGCGCAAAAACAUCGACAAGCUGGCAGAGCAGAUUGCCGCCCUCCAGUUGACUUUCAUAAGCACUGUCAAGGGCCACAAGUUCUUUGAUUUCCUGCGGCGCAUCUUCAAGAAGAAAUGGCGUCCGCCCAAACGGAUAAGAGGCGACGACGAGUCCUCAUCGUCUUCCUCGGAGUCGUCGUCCUCCAGCGAGGACGAGGAGGCCGACACGAAGAGUCUGGACUCGCUGGACAUGACCACCAUUCGGCUGGACGAGACCACCUGUCCCACUGGCCUGGAACGUCCACUCUACGAGCUGGCCUUCGUCAUGCGGGCCGAUCGCCACGAGCUUGAGCGCGCAGUACUGGAUCUGCAGCGUGAUGUGGACUUGAAGCGCAAACAGAUCGCCGAGAUGCAGAUCAAGAUGAAGUACCACGAGGAAGUAUACCAGCGGGAAAAGAAUGCCCUCCUGGAAUUCAGGCGACAACGGCAGCAGGAGAUCAAUAAGGUCAAGCUGAGUGCCAUCCUGCGCAUGGAUCAGUUGCAGCACUUCUACGAGGGUGACGACUACCGCGACUUGUCCAAAGCCAUACUCUUCGAUGCUGACAUGCUGUUAGACCUACGUCGACGGGCAGACAAGCUGAACGAGGAGACCUUGGCCACGCGCCGCUGGCACCGCAUCAACAUUGUUCACCUGCGACGCAUGAACACAGACAUCAAGUUCAUGAGGUAUGAGAUUACGCGACUUGAGGAGGAGAUCAGGCAGGCCAUGAUAAAGAAGUUCGGCCUGAUUGUCAAUCUCGAUGAGCUGGAGGAGGAGGUGCUGAGGCGCUACGUCUUCGAUCUGGAGACCACCGCAGAGGAUGAGCUAAGGGCUCUCGAACUUGAGCUCUUGGAAAGACAGCGAGAGCUCUGCCGCUGCGAGGAAGAGCUAAUCCAGGAGACGCAGAACAACACCGAGAAGCUCAACAUACUCACUGUUCUACGUGAGGAGAAGAACAUCCUGGUCAUUAUUCUGGACAUCCAAGAGCGAAACUACGCCAAAUGGACAAGGCCUCAAGUGCUCAAUCUAUCCUACGACAUCGAGAAGCUGAUGGGCAUUGAGAAGUCGCUGCUGCAGCAGAUUGAGUGCCUGGAGCGAGAGAUCUGUGCCCUGCGGCUUAAAUCAAAGCCGCUGCAGAUCAACAAUGAGAUGGAUCCCUCUCAGGAGCCGCAGGUGACCAGCGAGCUUCUGCCCAACGACGAUGCUCACGUGUGUCCAGCCAUACUAAAUGUGGAUGCCUAUAUGCUGCCCCCCAUGCCAGAUGAUUUCAUAAUGGACCGGGUGCACACCAUCGUGCAGAAGAGCUUCAAUCGCUUUUUUGGCCGGAGUACAACCCCAGAGAAUGUGAGGAAAUUCUCGCAACGAGCCUCCCUGUACCUCUGUCAGGCGGCCUACAGUUUUCAGGGAAGGUACACUGAUCGGAUUGCAGAGUGCAUCACGGAUCACCUGCAGACGAUUGUACCCAAAAAGUAUUUCAUCCACAUCAGCGCCGAUGACCUGCGAAAACUGUUCAGCGAGGUGGUGGCCGUCUUCGACUACGAGCGGAGCGAUGUGAACACCGAGGAGCUGAUCUCGGGCAUUUUUGAUCAUGCCAAGGAUUCGCUGUGCGCUCACGUUCAUAUGGGGGAUGCGGACGUGGUUAAUCGUACUCAUUUCAUUGUGGCUCACAUGUUUAAGGAGCUGAUCGAGGUGCUGCCACUGGAAGAGUUCCUGGCGGACGAGACGCUGCGCAUUAUUGUGGACAUACUGGAGCGUGAGCCGAUGGUGGAUCCGCGUGCCAUCAGCGUGGAGAAACUGAUCACAAGUACCCUGCAGCAUGCCCAGGAGAAUCUGCUGGACGGCAUCACGGCUGUUCCCGUCCGCAAGCUGGGCAGCAAUAUCCAGCGGGACCUGAUCAAGCGGCGGCAGUACAAGCCCUCCAGCUGCGAGUCACCCAUGUCAGUGCGCAUCGCCAGCAAGAAAUCGUCGGGAAGUGGGCUACCCUUUUAAGUGCAAGCGUUUUAUUAUUGGACUAUGUAUAAAGCUUUCGGAAAUGUAGUUCAUUAUUAUGAUACUUGUCUUG